AUGAGUCGCGUCAAAUCUAAGCAGACCGCGGCCCCGGGCCAGCGAACCGCUCCUUUGGGAAGGCAUCCAGUGACAGCGAAGCGCAAAAACGCCAAGAAGGUCUUGAGACGCGCCGAGAGCAACGUUUCAGUGCUCUCACAAAACCCGCUGGCAACGUUCAGCGACCCUACCUAUAUCCGCGAGCAAUGGCUGUCCCAGCGAGGCUCUCGACGCGCCAAAGAAUUCACUGAGCUCCGCAACAAGCGCCGCUGGGUCCGAGGCCAGCUGGAGGACAAGAACAUCCAGGGCAGUACCGCUCGUGAGCUCUUGAAGCUCUACGACAAGACCUUCAUUGGCAAACCACCGGGGCAGAGGCCCGAGAUUGAAGACAUGUCCGGGGGUGCUGAGCUCGUCAAUCAGCACCUCGAAUACGCUAUUGAGCACAAAUUGGGUGGUUUUGGGGAUGAUGCGGCGGACCCAAGCCAUGAUGCUGGCCAACACUACGGUGAAAUGGACGAUGUUGCAGUGCAAGAUGAGGAGGAGGAAGAAUGGAAUGGGUUUUCGUCUGAGGAAAAGGAGUGUGAAGGGCUCAAUCAGGCAGAAGACUGCCAAGUCGAUGGCUUGAUGGUGCAAGAGAUGAGUCAAGAUGAAUUGAGCUACAACUAG